UUGACUUCGGUAAGAUUCCCUAGAUUAAACAAUAUCAGUUUUUGAUUAUUACCUCCUAGUUUAGCCCUAUUAAUUUUCUCCGCCUGUAUAGAAGGUGGAGCAGGGACAGGUUGAACUCUUUAUCCUCCUUUAUCAGGAUUACAAAGUCAUAGCGGACCUAGUGUAGACCUUGCUAUAUUUGCUUUACAUCUUUCAGGUGUAAGUAGUUUAUUAGGAGCAAUAAACUUUAUAACUACUAUAGCUAAUAUGAGAACACCAGGUAUAAGACUACAUAAAUUAGCUUUAUUUGGAUGAGCUGUAGUUAUUACAGCUAUUUUAUUGUUAUUAUCAUUACCUGUGUUAGCAGGAGGAAUCACGAUGAUUUUAACAGAUAGAAACUUCAAUACUUCUUUCUUUGAAGUAGCCGGAGGGGGUGAUCCUAUAUUAUUCCAACAUCUUUUCUGAUUCUUUGGUCAUCCUGAGGUUUAUAUCUUAAUUAUACCAGGUUUCGGUAUAAUUAGUACAACAAUCUCAGCUAGUUCAAGCAAACCUAUAUUUGGUUAUAUAGGUAUGGUUUACGCUAUGAUGUCUAUAGGGAUAUUAGGAUUUAUCGUCUGAAGUCAUCACAUGUAUACUGUAGGACUGGACGUGGAUACUAGAGCUUAUUUUACAGCUGCAACACUAAUUAUUGCAGUUCCUACAGGGAUAAAAAUUUUCUCUUGAUUAGCUACAUGCUACGGGGGGUCUAUAAAAAUGACACCUUCAAUGUUAUUUUCACUAGGUUUCGUCUUUAUGUUCACAAUUGGAGGGUUAAGUGGAGUUGUAUUGGCAAACGCAUCACUUGAUAUUGCAUUCCACGAUACUUACUAUGUUGUUGCUCAUUUCCAUUAUGUUUUAAGUAUGGGAGCAGUAUUCGCUAUGUUUGCAGGGUGAUAUUUUUGAAUACCGAAAAUGUUAGGUCUAAAUUACGAUUUAACUUUAGCUAAAGCACAAUUUUGACUUUUAUUUGUAGGUGUUAAUCUUACAUUUUUCCCUCAACACUUUUUAGGUCUACAAGGUAUGCCUAGAAGAAUAGGCGACUAUCCUGAUGCAUUUUCAGGAUGAAAUUUAAUAAGUAGUGUAGGAUCUAUAGUAAGUGUAGUGGCCGCUUGAUUAUUUUUAUAUAUUGUUUACAAACAAUUAGUAGAAGGUAAAGUAGCUAGUAGAAAUCCUUGAUUAACACCAGGGUUCUACACAGAUAUACUACAAGCUAAUUUAAACAGAUGUUAUAGUAGUUUAGAGUGAGGGUUAACAAGCCCACCUAAACCUCACGCAUUUGUAAGUUUACCUUUACAAUCUACAAUUAAUUUAACUUAG